AUGGCUAUUGGUUCCUGGGAGACCUCACCUGAGGGAGUUGCUUCUGGAAAUGUCAUCCUCGUGGAUUCUGGGAGUCAUUUUCAGUUGAAAGAAACAGCCAAUGAGAAGCCCACAGAAGGAGUCAAGACUGAGAACAACGAUCAUAAUCGUUUGAAAAUAACAAGGAAGGGAGGUUCUGUGGUACAGUUUAAGAUUAAGAGGCAGGCAUCGCUUAGUAAGCCAAUGAAAGCCUGUUGCAUUGCACAGUUGGAAAUGGAGGGUGAAGCUAUGGCUGAUGUGUUCCAGCAGCAGACAGGAUGUGUCUUCUAG